CUCUUUACUCACGUAUUUUGGUCAAAUUACAUGCGUGGAUACCCCAAAGCUAUCGGCCAGGGUGGACAUAGUCAGCGUGGUGAUAUAGUGAAAAUUUUGUAGCGCGCAUAACUCCGACAGCACUCCCCUAACCCAAGAUCUCCAAGUAUAUAAAGAGGGUCUGACGAAGCGGGAUUUCCCACUUCUUCAUAACACUCAUAAAUCUUAUAUCAAUAUGACUGGUCGCGGCAAAGGUGGAAAAGGACUCGGAAAGGGAGGUGCCAAGCGUCAUCGCAAGAUUCUUCGUGACAACAUUCAAGGUAUUACCAAGCCUGCUAUCCGUCGUCUCGCUCGUCGUGGUGGUGUCAAGCGUAUCUCUGGUCUCAUCUAUGAGGAAACCCGUGGUGUCUUGAAGGUCUUCCUUGAGAACGUCAUCCGUGAUGCUGUUACCUACACUGAACACGCCAAGCGCAAGACUGUUACUUCCUUGGAUGUCGUCUACGCUCUCAAGAGACAGGGCCGUACUCUUUACGGUUUCGGAGGUUAAAUUUACUUCCCAAAAAAUAUUUUCAACCCUCAUAUCCGCUUGCCUGCUUCACUCCACUUAGUGAGAGCACUUGUAUAGAACCCUAUCUCACCGUAACAAACGCUUUUUUUUUCUGUUCCUUAUCGUUCUGUAAUAUACGUCUUUUUUCAUAAUUGAACUCUAUGGAACGCUCUCUAAUAUCGAAUAUUUGUUUAUAUUGUUUGAAAUAAUGUGUGUGUGCAUGAGUUUUGAAGCUGGC